AUGGAGGCUAAACUUGAAGCCGCCUUUCCCUUCUGGCUGGAUGCAGGGGCCCAUUCAACUUCGAAGUCGUCAGGACGACCAUCCAGACACGUCGCGGCCUUCAUCGCAGCCACUAGUCGGUUACCAGUGUACCAGCAAGAUCAGCUGAUCAAAAUCAAGCCUCUGGGUUCGGGGACAUCAUUUCAGGUAGACGAGUGCAAAGAUACAAAGAGCGGGGAUUUGGUGGUGGCCAAACAACUGCGCACGAAACAAGAUUCAGGCGAACUCUACGACGGCGCCGUGCUUCAGGAGCUUAAGGUUUCGGUCUAUCCACCUUUCCUGAAACAUGACAAUAUUGUCCGAACGCUAGGCUUCCUAGAAUCCGAGGACCCCACAGCCUUUGGACCUUCCGUUUCGCUCGUCUUGGAACAUGCAGACCAUGGUUCGCUGGCUGAAUACCUUUCAGGUGCUUCCUGCUCGAUGUCUCACGAGGAUUGGCUCCAGCGACAGAAUUUGAUGCUCGACAUCUGCUCGGGUUUGGAGAUUCUUCACAGAUGCAGGGUAAUACACGGAGAUGUCAAGCCUGACAAUAUUCUUCUCUUCUCAACCCACUCAUCCACCGGAUGCCCUUUGAUGGCUAAGCUUGCAGACUUCGGAAGCUCCAUUGUCGAGGAUACUAUAUAUGAUGAUAUUGAUGAGGGCAUUUCGUCCCCCACAUACAGAGGCACACCCCUCUAUGUCCCCGGUUACUUACGAAAGUACUCCGGCAAGGUCCCGUUCCAUCUAAUGCCCGCCGUCGAAAUCUAUUCCUUCGGUUUGUUGCUGUGGUCUAUUUGCGCGGGCGAACCGUAUUACUUGCGUCUCGUGCAUCCGGACCGAAAAGACAUGGUGGAGUGUCUGGACAGUUUGGGGACUGAAGGGCUUCGACAGCAAUUUCAGUUGAACCUGGAAGUCAUUUCUAACACCAGUGACUGCUUGAAACCUUCAGUGUUAGGAGAAGUUUUCGACUUUUGCGUGAGAGAUGUGGAGAUUGACCAUUCCCCCAUUCUGCCUAUCGAUCGAGAAAUUAUCUAUCGCAAGGAAUUUGCAGCAAUAAGUGAAGUGUGGAAAAUUCUUUCUAGCCACACGAGCGAGAACAGUGUUAACUAUCACGAUCAGACCUCUUUGUGGCAGCCAUUCCACCUUGGCAGCAUCCCCUCCAGAGAGAAUGUUGAUCAUAUACCCUGGGCUCUACAGUGCGACUUAGUCCAGCAACUGGUGGACAAAGUGAACAAUCGGCAAGAAUCAGUCUAUCAAAGGGGCAAAGCAGCCCUGCAACUCAGUUCUCACUAUGCUGUUGGCCUGGGGUGUAAAAAAGACUAUGAAAACGUCCUACACUACAUCCAGUUAUCCGCCGCCUUGGGCGAUAACGUCGCCCAGCUAAUCUGCCCAAGAGUUUUCCAAUCUCAUGGAAAGCUUAUUGGCCAGGAUGAUCUGGAAGAUAUCUUACGUUCUUUCUCAUACACUGAAGAGGCUACGUCAGAUUACUCGGACGCCGAUAUGGAAGACCUCGCAAAUGACAUGAAUCAUGAAGAAGCCGAUUAUGGUACGGAUUCUAUUGAAGCCUUGGAUGAUCCUAUGCAGGACACAGGAGGCUUAGAGAGCGACUCUGAAUCCACUAGCGACUCCGAUACAGAUCUUCGCUGGAGUGUGUUCCUUCUAUCUGCCAUUUUUGACAGGGAUUUCGACUCCAAGGUCGACACAGAGCCAGCCGACUAUUUCUGGAUGAAAAUACGUAUGUUUGAGCGAGCUAUGGGGUUUGCCUCUCAAGGAGCACUAUUGAGAUACCGAGGUGAAUGGUAUGGUGGACUUGACGAUACGAAGUUGGUAACUGCGCUUGAGCAAACGGCGGUCUCCUCACCACAAGUUCCAGAAGUGGAGCUCAAAUGCGAGGACGGAACUCUCAUACACAAUCCUGCCCUUCACCAUGUUGUGUUUUGCGGAAUGUUCAAAUUAGCCAAGCAGCUUAUCGACCACGGGUGGUCACUCAACGCAGUCAAUGAUGAGGGCGACACCCUUCUUCAUCUCGCCAUGCGACACGGCGAUUCACAAAUGACAGAAUACCUGAUUAGACGAGGGAUAAACGUGGCAGUGAGCAACUUUAAAGGAGUCACGCCGCUACACUACUUAUCAAUGUUUGGAAGUCAAGAACGGAACUCGGAGGACGGUGGCAACUACUCUGACGCACAGAUCGAAAAAUUGGGGACACAACAUGUCGUAGAAUUCAGCGGUCCAGACGUUGAUACUAUUGCUAACAUGCUGGUUGAUGCAGGGGCAGAUGUGAACGCUUCCAUGGGUCGGUUCGAUUCAACUGUUGACGUCUUCUUCUCUCACCGCAUCAGCGGGACACCAUUGCAUGCAGCUGUUACACUCGGCAACAAGUCGGCUGUGCAGACAUUACUCCGUCUAGGUGCAGACGUUGAGAUUCGGCCUUUCCAUGAUUCGGACACAGCCCUUGAGCUGGCAGCCCAAUUGCACCUAGCAGAUAUAGCAGAGUUGCUCUUAGAUCACGGAGCUAGCCUGAGGAGUGUCUCAGAGUCAGGCUCAUCAAGUGGCACCUGGGCCAUGCAUCACGUUGGAUCUCAUGUUCCGCCUCUGUCCAGGUGGCUGUUACACGGUUCUCGGUACAAGGAUGCCGUCCGAGAUACCAUUCGUGUGUUCAAUGCUGCAGCCGAAAGGGAAAACUUGUCUCUCGAUGAAUUGAACGAGGCCGGUCUAACAGCCUUUGAGUAUGCCCUCCAAGAAAGCGGGGAAGACACUCACGUCAUCGAGGCGUUCCUUGACUGCGGCGCCAUACUUCCUCCGAAUGCUUUAUCAACCGCUGUUCUGAGUUGCGGGUCUGACGAAGCCAACGCCUCGAAGGUUGAACUCGUUCUCCAACACGUUACUGGCCCUGGCCCAACAAUUUCAGGUGGAGACAACAGCCUGUACACGGGAGAAAGUUCGCAUGCCUUGCAUGUCGCUGCGUCCACAGGUGCAUUGGCCGCAGCUAAACUAAUCAUCAGCUAUUUCGCCUCGGAGUCGGAGUCUCUUCUUCGCGCUCAGAACGACGAAGGACUGACUGUACUUCAUGAGGCAGUCAUCGCUGGAGACAUCAGUAUGACCACCUAUCUUCUGUCUCAAAAUUCCCAAAUCAACUUUCGAGACCGGGAGGGCCGUACUGCUCUUGCAACAGCCGUUGCUCUAGGCAAUAAAGCCUUGGUGCCACUAUUGAUGCUUCCAGACGCAGACAUGAAUAUUCGUGAAGGCGAACACGACGGAGGGACUAUUUUGCACAUUGCAGUGCAGAAUGGACCACGCCGGUCCUUGAUGCUGGCAUUUUUACUCUCCGCAGAUUUCGACGAAGCCACUGAGAGCUGGCCACGGUUCCCUCAACUUCACAUCCACGGUAUCCUGGAUGCCGUUGACGCCGCCCAGGGCAAUACGGCGCUCCAUUUGGCAGCAUAUUCUGGAGAUUAUCCAAGUGUGUUCGCAUUGUUAGCCGCAGGAGCGAUUGCCAACGUCAAGAACCGUGCAGGUUCCAUACCUCUUGAUUUGGUGAGACAGAGAAUAAAGCUGCAUGAGUCGCAAAAGGAGCAGCCUGUUCAUUUCGAAUUGGAGGCAGCCCUGAAGAAGUGUGCAACUCACCUAGAGCGUGCGAAAACCUAG